AUGUCGAAAGAUACAGAACAGACAGGCAGAAGUUUGGAAGACACAGUGAAGUUGGUGAAAGGCAUCGGAGGUAAAUGCUACGGCUACGUCGUGGAUUUAGCGAGCAGGGAAGAUAUAUACAGGGUAGCCAAGAAAGUCGAAGAUGAAGUCGGCAGGGUGAACCUGCUGAUCAAUAAUGCUGGUGUCGUGUCCGGGAGCUACCUUCUCCAGACUCCUGACCAUCUUAUCCAGAGGACGUUUGAUGUCAACAUCUUGGCACAUUUCUGGACUGUGAAAGCUUUCUUGCCAGCAAUGAUGGAACACAAUAGUGGGCACAUAGUGACCAUUGCUUCAAUGGCCGGUCACGUCGGUGUCGCCAAGCUGGUAGACUAUUGUUCGUCUAAGGCCGCUGCUUGCGGCUUCGAUGAAGCCCUACGAUUGGAACUGGAAACGCAAGGCUAUACUGGAGUCAAAACCUCUCUAAUAUGCCCAUACUUUAUUCGUUCUACGGGCAUGUUUGAAGAGGUCAAUUCUCGAUUUGUUCCUCAACUGAACUCCAACGACGUGGCAGACCGAGUGGUGUUGGCCAUUCGUACUGACGAACCCUUCGCCCUCAUUCCUGGUUUCUUCCGCGUCUUGCUGCCUUUCAAGCUGUUGGUUCCUUGGCCGUGUAUGUCAGAGUUGAUCCGAAAAUUAGUUCCCGAUGCAGUACCAGUGCCAAUACACCCAACACGUCCAACGACUGAUGCCAAAGUACCUGCUAAGCCGGUUCAGCUGGAAGCGAAGCAUGGCGCUCCUGGACCUAUGACUGUGAUGCCUCCCGCACGACACGACCGACAGGUGUGACGUCACCAAGCACUGUUGUAGCAAGACUAGAAUCAGACGAAAGGUUUGGCCGAGACUCAAUGAAUAUUCAUAUUUAACGAAAUAGCAAAAUGUCUCAUUUAAUUCAUUUUCAAACAAUACAAAGUGCUUAGUCACUUGAGAAUUUGAAAAUAAACCGUUUGGCCAAGCCUUUUGUGCUUCUUUGUUAAACAAAAACAGGUUAACAGUUACGGCUAGUUGAUAUGAGAUUACAUGUACAACGUACUAUUACUUAUAUUAGGAUUUG